AUGGGCAAGUUCGUCCACGCCUGCGAGGGCGAAAUGGUCUGCGAGUCCAUCAACCCCAAGGUCCCCCACUUCAACGCCCAAAUCUUCCUCGAGAACAAGACGGCCGUCGGCAAGGUCGACGAGGUCCUCGGCCCCAUCAACCAGGUCUUCUUCACCAUCAAGCCCUCCGAGGGCAUCCAGGCCACCUCCUUCAAGGAGGGCGACAAGUUCUACAUCGCCCCCGAGAAGACCCUGCCCCUCGACAAGUUCCUGCCCAAGCCCAAGCCCCCGCCCGGUGCCCCCAAGCCCAAGCGCGCGGGAGGCAGCUCCCGCGGAGGCCCCCGUGGAGGCGGUCGCGGAGGGUUCUCUCGUGGCGGACGUGGUGGUCCCGGCGGUGGCCGCGGAGGCUUCUCGCGAGGUGGUGGUGGUGGAGGCUUCGGCGGUCGUGGUGGCCGCGGAGGCAGCGGCGGCUUCUCCAGGGGCGGUGCCGGCGGCGGCAGGGGACGCGGCGGCUUCAGCAGGGGAGGACGUGGAUUCUAA